AGGUCAACAAAAAUAAAACAUUAUGAAAAACAGGGGAAUCGAUUUAUGUAUUACUCUUUUUAUGGUUGGGGAAUGCCAACGUUAUUAACAACCAUAACAGUUGUUUUAACAAAGUGUCGAGUUUUGCCAAAAAGUCUCCGCCCAAAUUUUGGACACGGCCGAUGCUGGUUUACCUAUGAUGCUAUUGGAUCUGCAAGCUUACUUUUUUUUUCUGGACCAGUUGGAUUACUCUUUACCAUUAAUUUGGUUUUAUUUUUAAUGACAAUGAAAUAUUGCAAUAAAGUAAAAACCGAAAUAUAUAGGAUGCAAAGCUCAGAGAUGGAUAAGCCUGCACUAAAAAGUCGUUUCUUUAUUGACAAGACUCGUUUUGUAAUGAACACUAAGUUGUGCAUCGUUAUGGGCAUAACAUGGCUUUUGGAAAUUGUCAGCAUUCUAUUCUAUGACCAUAAAAAAACUUUUUUCUGGUCAAUUAGCGACUGCUUCAAUGUACUUCUUGGAGUCUUUGUAUUUUUUAUUUUUGUAUUUAAAAAGCGAAUAUGGCUGGAAGUUUUAAAAAAACUUGGUCCAGCCCUGCAGCGCUCGGCUAAGCGCAGCUCGCGGAUUGUUAACGCGGCGAAACUGUUCACCGCCUCCCACAUGCUCUUUCUCUCCAUCAUAAAGCGUCUGCACACGAACAGGAUGUAA